CGUGGGUGUUGGCCGGGUGCAGUGCGCAUGAGUUCGGCUGCUCGGCGGAGCCCGCGUUGGGCUUGCACUACUUGGAGUGCUUGUUGCCCUUCGUCCUUUCAGCUUAUCCCCUUGUUCUCUGCUAUUCCUGUCAGGAGAGUCUGCGGAUUUCUGCCAGCAGCCGAAAUGAAUACAGCUAGCAACACUACGUAGCAUGCUGAUGGCAUCCUGUGCUGCACUGGGAUUGAUAAAUCCAGAGGGUGUGAUGCCUAGAAAUCUCCUGUCAGAUUUUCCUGAAGUGACUCCUGAAACCUCUCCAAAGCGCACACUUGGGAGCAUGGAGAAGGGUGGCGGUGUGGAGAAUUGUGGUGACCAAGCUAGAUGCAAAAAUCUUGCCAUGGAUGAUGAGAGUAUGAAGUACUUAACUCAUGAAGAGCAGGAUGUUCUCACGUUCUUUGAGGAAACCAUAGAUGCCUUAGAAGACGACUUGGAGGAACCAGUCCUACAUGACAGUGGCAUCCACUGUCAGUCUCCAAGAUCAACAGAAGAAAAUGUGUCCAGUCAUUCAGAGACUGAAGAUCCCAUCGACUUAGUACAGUCAACACCUGAGAGCAGUGACCACGAAGGCCCUCCCAGCAAAGAUGCAGACCCAGUGUUGGAUGCUACCCGGGGUGCUGAGAGCCCUGAGCCGGCUGUGCCUGCUGACCUUCCCCCGCAUCCCUCUGUACUGCCACCACUGACGUGCGAGACGCUUCCCCCUCCACCUCCUCCUGCAGUGCAGCAUCCCAAAUUGCUCCGCUCUGUCCCCACCCCACUCAUCGUGGCCCAGAAGAUGUCUGAGCAGCAACUGGAGGGCAGGGUGCGUUUCCCCAGUGCGCUCAAGGAGGGGAGUUCUGACAGGAAGAAAACUCCGCUCGCCAACGGUGAUUGUUUUGCAGCUCCGAAGCACCCUCCUGCACCUGCACCCAAACUGCACCGGUUUCCAAGCAAUAUCAAUAUAACAAAUGUCAGCGGCAAAGAAUUCAACGAGACUAUCUCAAAAGCAGCAGUGAAUGUACAGGAGCGGAGGGCUCAGGUGCUGGCCAACAUCAAUGGAGGAUUUCUGGCUGCUGACCUGGAGGAGAGGCAGCAAAAAAAUGACUUCUUGUCGCGCAACAGAAGUUCCUCCUUAAGGGAUCUCUCCUCUGAGCAAACGCGCUAUGAGGCCCUGACAAAACUUGGUCUGGUUAAGGGAAAGCCAGCUCAGGACCCAGUGGGUCGUGCCCCAGGUACUCAGCAGCUUGAUGUGCAGCCCAAGCAGGCAGAUGCUGUUCCCAAUGGAUAUCAAAACAUCCACGAGGCUUUAAAAAGCGAGCCCAGCCCUUUCCUUCCUACGGGCAAAACUGUAACGAUCAAACCCGAGGUGGCUCUUAACGCUGGCAAGGUCGCUCAGCAGAACGCAGCGAAAGGUUCGAAUGAUUACAAGCAACCUAAUGUAACCCUGGAUAUGAGAAGGAGGUCAGGUUCUCUACCUCGACCUUCAGGAUUUCGAUCCCAGGGGAUAACAGUAAAGUUUUCUGGCCGUGGCUCAACAGAAGAAGCCAGGAGAGAGGCGCUUCGUAAGCUGGGACUGCUGAAAGAGACUGCGUAGUCGGGAUGGGAACGUGGCAGUGGAGGGGAAGCCAUGGCUUGACUUUGGGUUGGAGCAUUCCCAGCAGGGUUGGGAUCAGAUUGGAAGGAGAAAUGGGAAGAUCUCUGCUUCCAGCCAGCUGAGGAGGUGCUGGUACCGCGGAAGGGCUGAUAGUUAAAGGCUGGCACCAUGUAAGGUCGUGUACGUUGGUGGGUUUCAGCCCUGCUUCCUGUAGAGACACUCAUCUGUUGUUCCUUGUGAUAAAGAAGAAUGUUAUUUAAGUAAUGCUGGACUGGAGCGGAGGACAGCUCGUUAACGAAGUGUACAGUGCAGUAUUGUUGUACAUAGCAAACUAAAUGGACAAUCUUCCUUUUGCUCUUUUUAAAGCCAAAAAAAAAAAAAACGAGAGCUCUGUCUUGCACACGUGUCUGUGUUCAUGGGAGCUCGAGGCACGUCAGAACUGGAAUUUCUGACCGCUGUGACGCUGCAGUGACACUAUUACCAGGCUUCGCUUUCGUUCCCUUCUGGAGGCGGGGUCUGCUCCCUUGCUCUGUGCCCGCUCAGCUGAACUCGGUGCAGGGGGCGGUUUCAGUUCUGACCUUCUCCCCUGGGGCUGGGUGGCUGUGUCCUCCUGCCUCUUUGCUUGAAGCUGCCUCCCUUCCCAGCCGCUGCUUCCUCCCCUGCCCGUGUGCAGUGAGAGGCAGCAGCCCGGCCUGGAGGAGCUGGGCCGCGUCGCUUUCCGCGCCGGCAGCCAAAGAGUCUCCUGCUCAUCGGCGAUCCCAGCUGUUGUGCGUGAGAAGCCAUAGGAACGAGUCAACUCCGUCCCAAAUGUGAGAGCGUUCUGUCACCUUUCACCCGUGCUGCUUCACCUUUCACCUUCGCACCCCCGUGAAAAACUGUUACUUCUCAAACACGAGCUGUGCUCCACUGCAGAGGUGUCAAUUCUGUUACUUCUAACAAGAAAAAAAAACCAACUCAUUUCAUCUUUGUCCAGUCUGACAGACCUAAUAACUCUGUUCAGAGCCUUAUUUGAUUCUGCCCUGCCAAUGCAUAACAGAAAUGACAGCCAAAAUUCUUGCAGGCUCAGUGGAGUCAGGGGAGGGAGCGGUAAUGUGAAUGCACGUUGCUGCUGGAGGGGCUGCAUUGGUGUAUUUUGCCUUUGUUCAACAGACGUGCUUUUAGGGAUGGUCCCAAAACGUGUGCUGGUGUGUUCGGGGUUUUUUCUGUAUAUACAUGUAUGGCGAAGCUGCUCUUCUGUAUUAAAACUCCCUUUCCUUUCUGUAUACCUGAAACUAUCCAAACCAGCCAUUGAAAACUCCCAUGCCAAACCCCAGCUGCCCACACGUGUAGGAGUCCUCAGCCUUCUUCUCCAAAGGGGGAAGCUCCCUUAUUUUAUUCUCUGCACUCCAGCAGCCCCCUCUUGUCCCGAGUAGCUGAGUAAUAAACCUUGGAGGGGAGGAGGGGAGCGGCAAUAAUAGGAACAGCCGCACCCUUUGGAGUUGCUCUGACACAACUGUGAUAAACAAGCUGGUGUUUCUUGCCAUCAACUAUUUCAGACUUGCUAAGCUGCAAAUGAAGCUGUUGUGAAGGAAAAAUCUUUCCGUCGUUGUUAACCUGCCUCAUAAGCGAAGGGUUUUUGUUGUGCUGGUCGCUUUUCAGUUAUCUGCUCGCUGCUCUAAACGUUCCUGGGCGUUGUGAUGGCUCGGGUUGGUCCCGUGCUGCAGUCAUCCUUGCCAGCCUCGUCCCUGCUCCCUGUGCCAGCACACACGCUGUGCAGAGUUGACCAGCAAUUAAAAAAUGUGGUCGUUCCUAUGCUGGCAGGGCACUUGAGCGUGUGAAUCAAAUGGGAGAAGCCCUGCCGGAAGAGAGAAGGCUUCUUGUGCGCUGGGAGGAAAUCACAUUCUUAUUUUGCUGGGAUUUGAGUCUCCAGUCCUAAAUUUGAAAGAAAAUGAAGCCUGUAAAAGCAUCCCAGCACCUGCUCCAGUGCUGCCGGGGCUGGAUUCACACGUGGGCAGCGUGGUGCCGGCACAUCCCCAUUUAUUCCCAUCACCUGCUAAGUAAACCCAAAUGCUUCAUGGCCUCUGUGCUUCUGAAGGCUGCUAAAGAAAACUGUACAUGAUCCAUGCAAGGAACGUACACGGCCAUGUUCACCUCUCAGCGUGGCUCGCCAGCUCUUUGCUUGGAGUUGCUUACAGCUGAGAAUCCAUGCUGAGCCCCUUGUUUCACUAACGAAUGGAACCCUACUCGAAAUACGUAUUUAUGUAAGUGUUAAUGUUUCAUAGCUAAAGCUGCAGGGUGCUGAACUGCCUGGGCCGUGUCCUCUCAGCUUUUGUGCAGGGCCCUGUGCUCAGCUGCUGGGAGCUGGCACUCGCUGCUGUUCAGCUCCCCCCAUUCUGCCCACGGGCACCGGGUGUUCGUUGUCGCCCUUCAUCACAGCAAAUAGGGGCUGGUAAACUUCACUGUGCCUAAAACUGUAGCGAGUAAAGCCAUGUGCUCCGUGAAGCUACGAGUCUAGCUGCUAAGAGUCUGUAUACAACCUCAGCUCUGUUUUCCGUACCUUGUUUUGUGUGGAUAUGUUGCUGUGAUAUUUUUUCCUGUGUUAGAAGUAACUGUCUUGCACAAAUCCAAUAAAUCGUCUGUUCAACUGGGAGAAAGCCGGUGAGACGGUGGCUGCCGGGAAGCGGAAUUCCAUUCAGUGUCGUGGUGGCUUGCCUCUUCCUUGAAGGAGGAAGGUGACUUUAAUGGCUAACAGCCCUUCAGUAACUGUUCCCUGCACGCAGCUGUGGAUGCGUGAGGCGCGGUGCUGGCCCCCGAGCAGGGCUGCCCGCUGAGCCGCUGUGUGCAGCACACGGAGCUUCAUCGCAGCCGGCUGCCAACGAGGCGAGGAGCUCGGCUGGGCGCGCGUCCCUGAGCCCCUCGCCUGCACCUCGUGCUGGAACCCUCCCCGAGUUCCUUCACCGCGGAGCUGCCUCUAAAUACCAACCCCCGCCGAGGUAAGGAGGGUCCUUAGACUGGACGGAGCCGAGCCCUUUCCCCGGGGACCCGCCCUUCGCUUUCACGUUUUUCACGUGGGCUUUCUCUUCCCAAGCGAAGUGAGCCCUCCCAGAGGAGGAAGCGCCUCGCUCGAAGCGGAGCUGAAGGCUGAGCGCUGCUCUCGGCUCGGGGGGCAGGAAGGGAAGCCGGGCGCUGGUAGCCGGGCUGCGCAGCCUGCGGGUUUUCCGCUGGGUGCUCGUGACCUGUGCUGCUCGCAGCCUGCAGAAUAAAGGGAGAAGAGCCGGUAACUUCGGGAUUAAACUGAACGGGUGCGAGGAACGGGGGAGCACCCGGCUGGCAGGCACGCGGGGCUGUUCAGCUCAGCUCCCUCUUUCCUUUGGGAGCCUUUUUGUGCUUGCUUCUGAGCUGUAAUUAAUGAUGUUUUGAAGAGCCCUGGGCAUUCAGAGGCACCCGGCUCCCAGCACUCCCUGCAGCUGCGGGAGCGGCAGCUCUGAGCAGCUCGAAAAUGAGGUGGCAUCACAGCGUGACCCUGGACUUGGAGCAUCAGCACGCGGCUUCCGCAGUGACCAGGAGCACCAAGCUGAGAGGCAGCACUUGGAGGAAAAAAAAAACCAACAACCUGCAGUAAGCACAUCUCCACUGGCCGAGGCCACCUGGCUGCUGCUUCACUCUCUGCCCCUGUGGCUGCAGGAUCCCAGCCGUGCCCCCGCACGCCUGAGCAGGGCAGUGAGCUCUGCUCUGAGCUCCAACCCGUGUAAGUCACUUCCCUCUGAUUCUGCCUCAUUUCCCUCCAUUACUCCGUUGCUCGUUUCCCACGCUGCUUUCCCGUGAUGUUCAUGGGCGCUCUCUGCCCGUUGGGCUUUUGUUGCUGCAAGCGGCGUGGAGCUGUGAUGGGCAUCCCCUCCUCUCUGCCCGCUCACCCAGCAGAGGGAAAACAGCACGCACAGAAUCCUAGAACGGCUUGGGGUGGAAGGGAGCGCAAAGCCCACCCUGCUCCAACCCCUGCCGUGGGCUGGCUGCCCCCACCAGCUCAGGCUGCCCAGGGCCCAUCCAACCUGGCCUCGAGCACCUCAAUGGAUGGGGCACCCACAGCUUCUCUGGGCAGCUCUGCCAGUUCCUCACUGCUCCCUGAGUAAAGAAUUUCCUCCUAACAUCAAGCCUAAAUCUCCACUCUUUUAGUUUAAAACGGUUCCCCCUUGUCUGCCCGUGGAAAAAGUCUCUCCCUGCUGCUCACACGCUUCCUUUAAGCAGUGGAAGGCCGCAGUGAGGUCUCCCCAGCGCCUUCUCUGCUCCAGGCUGAACAAGGUGGGAGAUCACUUCUUCAUAUUUAAACUUUUAUUAGGAAGCAGUUGUCAACGCGUUUCUAUUUCCAACGUACAAACCAGUGCCAGGCCAGAGGAGCAACAGGGUCAUAAAGCUCCACGACGCAGACAAACUUCAUUACCGUGGAACAUUUCCUGCCUUCCUAACUGGAUUUCGUUUGCCUGAUUCGGUUUAAUUUUUAUUUACAACCUGAGUUUUCCACUGUGUUUGAGCCCAAGCCGGCGGGCACUGUCUGCCCAGCGCUGCCUUGCCCAGUGCAUCCCAGCCCCAGUGCCUGGGCUCUGCACCCGCUCCUGGGAACAGGGACUCUGCCGUGGCAUCACCCUGCAGGCAGCAGCCGUGGUGGAAUCUACCCCUGCAGCACCACUUUUAUUUGCCUGAGAGCCCCAAUGCAGGGAAGGGAGAGAGGAAGGAAGGAAGGAAGGAAGGAGCACUGUUCUUUUUAACAGCUCCGUGUUUGCUCUUCUGACACCGACCCCUGGCGCCGUGCUUUAAUGUCACAAUCAUCCCCCAGCAAUAACAACUUGAAGGCAAAGUUUAUAACUCAGACAAUGCAAGGCGCUGUUUUGACAUUCGAGCACUUGUUUGAUUCCUACCCAAAUAGUUUCCUAUGGGCGGCCCGCUCGGAACCGCUCGGCGCUGGUGAGGAAAUGCAAUUUAUAGCAGAGUUCUGAGCAGGGACGGUGAAACGUGGGAGCGGGGAAAGGCGGCACUGAGGAACAAACAAGGCACGGAGCGCAGGAGAAGAGGCAGAAGGGAAAGGAGCAGGGAAUGGGAUGACAGCAGGCUCGUGGCGGUGGGGGGACGGUGUUUCUCGUUGUCCCUCUGGGCUAUGCAGCCUUAAGACUGCAGCAACCCCGCUUGGGGACACCUGUAAGGAACGAGCAAGCCCCUAGCUGACUUCUCCAUCUGUCUGCACCCCCAGACUGAGAGCGGGAUGGCUUCAGGCCAGGCCACGUGUCUGAGCACACUCUGCAGUGUGAUGGCUCUGGGGCUGAGUGCACGCGGGCUGGUCGUUAGCACAGGUCGUUAAUUGCUCGCCCUCGGCUGUCCCCAUCUGUAUCCACGCUGGUGCUGCCCAGGCGGAAGGGGCAGAAUCGGCAGCAGGCGGCCAAGCCCAUCACUGGAAACGAGCAGGCAAGUCAGCACGUUUCAGUGGCACCACGUUUACCCAAGUCAGAUAACGUUCCGUUUAAAGCCAAGAGAAUUCUGCAUCAGCAAACUGCAGGAGCGCCUCGGCCGGGCUGCUGCCAAGUGCGCAGUCACUGCUGCGAGGGAACGGGCCAGCUGCAAAAGGGACAGGAUGAGAUCGCGAGCAGAGCAGGCAGCCUUCACAACACAGCAGUUUCCUCAGCCAUAACGUACAUCAGAUUGCCUGGCGUGCAUCGGCUGCACGCAGUAAUUUCAUCUGCGUAACAAACAGAGCAGACUUCUUUCUUGGGAGGACUGCAAAGUUAAUAAGAUUAUGGCAAGUCUGAAAACUCAGCAAUUCAUAAUAAAAAAAAAUAUUUAUUCCUUUGUUUUUUUUUUCUCCAUUGUAUCACAUUGCAGCAUUGCAAGGUAGAAGAACAGUGUCCAGCAGCCGCAGCUCGAGGUGAGUCUCACUCACACGGGUGGGUUUGGAGCCUCCUCCCCACCUUGCAGUCACCGAGUCAUUAAGGGCAGAAAUGACCACUGAGAUCAUCCAAUGCAGCCACCUCCCCGUGCCCACUAACCACGGCCCUCAGUGCCACCCUGCGUGUCUCUGAGCACCUCCAGGGACAUCACCCACCACCUCCCUGUGCCAAUCCCUCGCCCCUUGGAAGAAACAUUUGCUACGACCCAACCCCGGCCCCACGCAGGAGCUGCGCAGCCCCGUGCUCACAGAGGCUUUUGGCCGCGGUGCCACGAAGCACACAGCACAUUCCCUGCUCGCCAGCUCCAUGAGCCUCACGGUGGUGAAAGCUCAGCUUCAAACAGCAGAGCUGAGUCCAAAUUCUUUCCAGAAAGAGAUAAGAUAGGGGAGAAAUCCUUCACGCGAUCAAGGACACGAUGCAAUUUCUCAUACACCUACGUACGUUUUCCCGGCUGGGAAAGCGCUCUGCACUCGACUGCUCCCGAGCACUCGGGAUUGCUUUGUGUGAUGCCUCUUGGCAAGGACAUCCUCCGUCCUCUACCCGGGCAGUGACAGCAGAGCACAGAUCUGUCACAGCCGUGUCCCCGCUGGCACCGCAGAGCACCUGGGUCAGCGCGCAGGAGGAGGAGAAGAGUGACAGUGGUGGCACGAGAGGUGCUGUCGCCAGCUGGAAAUGAACACGCCGCAGGCCGGGCCCAGCAGCCAGACGUGCAGAGCACAGGGGAGCAUCCACCAGAAGGCUCCGCUCUUGAGAGGCAUGAACAGCGGAUACCACCAGAUUGCUGCAGCCCUUCAGACUCUUCAGAAGGAGCAGUUACCAAUGGCGUUCAGAACAGCUUGCUGUUUCCAUCCUAGACUUGAACCAAAGACUCGGUCUUCCCAGGGUAUUCCCCUCACAGGGCACUUCAGCCACGAGGCGCCUUGAGCGCAGAGACGGCUGGAACUGGAAACGGCUCUGGAAAGAUUUCUUGGGCGACUGCGCACGUUCAGCAUCCUCACCUGCUGGGAAAUGAGAUCCGAGCGUAACAGAAGCCUGAAGAAACAUCUCCCUGGGCCGUUCUGAGAAGCUGAGGUGACGCUCCGGGCUCUGGAAGCGGCGUGACCGCGUCCUGCCCGCUGAGGGCUGCAGGGCAGGCGUGCCCUGACCAACCCGGGGCUUCCCAAGCCCUGAAUGCUGUCACACCGCGUGUCAGUACAGCUGCUGCCCGCUCCUUCAAACGCCUUUCCACCUUCCCUGCUCAGUUCUAGGACAGAAGAACAUGACUUGAGUGGGUGCAUUUUGGAAAUCUCGGGUCAACGUGAAGAGACAGACACCAGUUCUAAAUUACAACACUUUAUUGCAGCAUUGGCAAAGGUCAGAUUUCUGAAGCUGGUGAAGAUCGGGCGGCAUUUCUCUAUGAAAUGUUACAAUUGUACAGGUCUCCCUUCCUACAUGCAGAAACCAAAAACAGUGGUAAAAAGAAUUUUAAAAGAGCUAGAAAAAAAAAAAAGA